AUUCAAUCCUAAUGUUAUAGCAAUGUGAAUGCAAAAUUGAGGGUAAUAUGAAGGUGUAAAUCAUUGGAAUAUGUUUGAAUCAAGAUUGUUCUGAAGAAUGGUUUUGUCAAAAUUGUGUUAAAAAUCAUGAUGGCCAUGAAAAGGAUCUUCAGAGUGGAGAUUAAAUGGAUCAAUUACUUCAACAAUAUAAUUCAGCUGAAAAUCAAAAAUUUUUAGAGGCUGAUGAAAAAUUUCAGAAACUUUAAGAAUAUUAUAAUAGUGUCCUGCAAGAAAAUCAAAAUGAUAUUAAAAUGUUGGAUAAUCUUCAAAAAUUUAUUGAAGAAGAAAAUUUUGAAGGUAUUAACAAAUAUUUAGAUUAAUUCAAAAAGUAUAAGUAAUAGAUAGAUAAUAACAAACCAGGUAUCUUAUUAUAUAGUAAUUUUAGCACAAAUAUUCAAAGAAUUGGAUAGUCGAUUAAAUGAUCUAAAAAAAUUAGAUUUUUCUGAUUUAUUUGAGGAUGAGGCAAACCGAAAAAGAAAAGCAAAAGUAAAAGAAGAUCUUACUUAAGGUAAGGGUAUUUGCUGAUUUCUGUUAGCAAAAUAGUUUUUUGAUGCUUAAAAUUUUAAUGAGGCUUUAUAAAUUUUGGAACAUUCUUUGGAAAUAGAUAAAGAAUUCAUAGAACCACUACUUCUAAAAAGUAUUGCAACAUUGAAUUAUGUUAGUUUAGACUUUAAUUUAAUUAGAAAUAUUUGAAAAUGCUAUCAAUUAUUGCAAUUAAUUAAUUUAAACAAAAAAAUAAAAUUUUGAGGUCUUGUUUUUAAACAGUAUUUAUUAUCAAAUUAAUAUUAGGCAUUGUAUUGCUUUUUAUUUCAAAAUAUGAUGAAUCUGAGAAGGAACUCUAUAACGCUUAUAGAAAUUCCCCUUAUAGAUUUUACUGGUUGAUACUUAAUUUAAUUGAAGAGCUAGAAGAGACCUGCACAGUAGCCAAAGACUUCAUUAAGUUAUAAAAUUUUGAUUUAAAACAAUAAUUACAAUCCUUAAUAAAGUAUAAUGAGAUCCCACGUAAAAUUCUUAUCUUUAUGUAGCUUAAAUUUUAAAAUAAUAAAUCUCAAUCAUAAUUCAAUUCAUUAAGCUAGUUGAUAAAAAGGAUUUAUAAAAAGCCCUAUUUUAGUUUAACUAAAGUAUUAUAUUUUUUAAAUUUAGAUUUUUAAGUAAUUGAUGAUUACCGAAAACAGCACGAUGUGGACAUACGACCAAAUAUUGAUCCUAAAAAAUGGUAAGAAGUCCUAAAUUAUCUUGAAACAAAAUUCAAAACCUAAGAUAUUGUUUAAUAACAUUCUGAUUAAUUUCAAGUUUAAUUCAAUAACUUCAUAAGUGAUACACCGGAUUAAUUAUAGUAUGAAAAUAAUGAAUCCAAUUAGAGCUUAAAAAUAGAUUUAACAUAAUCAAAUGAAUUCUGAAACCAAAAGAGAUUUUGCUAAAUUUAUAAAUGACACAAUCCAACCUUAAGACAGUCCGAAUUCAGACUAAUAAUCGAAAUAGAACAAUGGAUCGUAAACAUAAUUGCUAUAAGAUAAACCUAAUGCUAAACUCCAAUAGGAAAGUAAGCCCUAAAAUCAAGGUAUAAACAAAAUCUAGGAAAAUCUUUGCACAGAAUAAUCAAAUAUAAAAGUUGAACGAAAGGGUAUGAAUAAGAUAUAUUUUUAAAAUCCAUAGGUGUAAAGUUAGAUGAAAACAAUCGUUUAAACGAAGUUUUAAAAUAUACUGAUAAAUAAAUACUUUAAAACCAAAAUGUCUCCUAAUAUUAUUAUAAGAAAGGUAUUAUUAAAGAUAUUUUUAGCAACGAUUCUCAGCAAAUUAAAUCUACCAGAAAUUGCUUUACAGUUUAUAGAUUAAGCCAUAAAUUUGGAUAAUAAAGAAGCUAACUAUUAAUAUCGAAAAGGUUCAAUUAAAAAUAUUUUAUAGCAUUAUUGCUGAUUUCUCUUGGUCAAUUUUAAUAAGCCUUAUAAUAAUUUGAUAUUGCAAUUGAGAUAAACCCAAAAAGUGCAUGCUAUUAUUAUGAAAAAGGUUAAAUAUAGAAAUCAUUUUAGGAAAAGCAUUAUAAAUAUUGGGUCGUUAAAAUGAAGCAGAAAAAUAAUUUUAAUUAGCUAGAUAAAUGGAACAAAAUGAUUAUAGAUGA